GAGGAGGAGGAGGAGGAGGUAUAGAAGAACAGAUCAUGUGAUGAAGGAGGAGAAGCUGAGGCUCUCACUGCGCAGACUCGGAUCAUCAGAGCCGGACUGACGCCUCAGCCUGACCUGGUGGAGCAGCCCCGCCAGGAGUGCAGCAGCAUCGAUGCCCCCGCGCCUCCUCCUCCUCUCGGGCCUGGAGCUGCUCUCAUCUUCGCUCCUCCUGCGCUGAGAGAAUGAAAGGAUGGCGGAGCGGCGACCGACGGAGGCUGCCGCCGCGCGCCGGGAGGAGCAGCAUCAGCAUCCGCGGAGCGGCAUGAGCUCCGCGGAGGAGGACCUGCCUUUGGAGGAGAUUCUGCAGCUGUACAGCCAGCCCAUCAACGAGGAGCAGGCAUGGGCGGUGUGCUACCAGUGCUGCCGGACGCUGGCGACGGGACACCCGGACCGGAGGAGCGCGGCGGCCACCGGAGCCUCACCGGCGGCAGCUCCGCGCAGGAUUUCAGGACCGCGGGAUGUUCGGAUCCAGAGGGACGGGUCUGUGAGGAUGGACUACCAGGACUGUGAAGGUAAACACAGUCCUUGCACAAGAGCCGAGGUGAUCGAGUCUUUGGGCAUCAUGAUCUACAAAGCUCUGGACUACGGUCUGAAGGAGAAUGAGGAAAGGGAGCUGAGUCCUCCUCUGGAGCAGCUCAUUGACAUCAUGACCAACAUGGUUGUGGCUGAGAAGGAGGCCUGUCCCGAUGAGGGCUAUGAAGCCACAGAGGAAGAGGACGAGGCUGAAGAUGACCCAAACAUCAUCACUGCUGCUCGCAGCUACAGCGAUAUCCUGAAGCUUUGUACGGCUCACUUGCCCAGCCCCUCGGAUGCCCCCAGCCACUACCAGGCUGUUUGCCGAGCACUCUACACAGAAACCAGAGAGCUCAGAACUUUCCUGCAGAAGAUCAAGAGUGCCAAAGAGAACCUCCGUAAGAUGGAGACCUCAGAGGAGCCUGUGCGUGACCUGAAUGAGCUCCAGAAUGCAGACUGGGCUCGGUUCUGGGUCCAAGUGAUGAGGGACCUUCGUGAAGGAGUCAAGCUAAAGAAGGUGCAGGAGCGACAGUACAACCCUCUGCCCACCGAGUAUCAGUUGACUCCCUAUGAGAUGCUCAUGGACGACAUCCGGUUCAAACGCUACAAGCUGCGCAAAGUCAUGGUCAAUGGAGACAUCCCACCGAGACUGAAGAGGAGCGCUCAUGAGGUCAUUCUGGACUUCAUCAGGUCCAGACCUCCUCUGAACCCUGUUUCGGCUCGAAAACUGAAGCCUCAGGCGCAACCUCCCCCCACUCUACAUGAGCGGAUCCUCAAGGAGAUCAAGUCAGAGAGGAAACUUCGGCCGGUGUCGCCUGAUGAAGUCCGCAGGGGCAGGCUGGGUUUUGGCAAAACGCGCAGUAUGCCACAGGAUUUGUUCCGUACAGGAUUAGAUGGGUUCAGCCCCUACAUGGGCAGGAGGACGUCCAGCUCUCUGUCCCUCACCAAUGGCUCAGCAUCUCCCAGAGUGCAGCCCUCCGGUUCUCAGUCGGUUCCUCAGAGGAAGAGGCUCCUGAAGGCUCCCAGCCUGGCUGAGCUGGACAGCUCCGACUCCGACGAUGAACUUCCUUCCCCCAAAUCAGGAAGCAGCUCCAGUGUUGCAACAUCUUUGAUGGACGACACGUCCCCAGAGUCUGCAGUGGGGAAGAAAACUCCACCCAAGUUCCUGCCCAUCUCCUCCACACCUCAACCGGAGAGGAGACAGACCCCCCAGAGGAGACACUCCAUUGAAAAAGAGACGCCCACUGAUGUGCGGCAGUUUCAGCCGCCGUCCAAGCAGAACUCCAAGUCUCUGGAGGAGUUCUCCUUCCCUGUGGAGUGUCUGUCUCUGACCGUGGAGGAGGUGAUGCACAUCCGACAGGUUUUGGUGAAAGCAGAGCUGGAGAAGUUCCAGCAGUACAGAGACGUCUACCACGCCAUGAAGAAGGGAAAGCUUUGCUUCUGUUGUCGAACCAAGAGGUUUUCUUUCUUCACCUGGUCCUACACCUGCCAGUUCUGCAAAAAGCCAGUGUGUUCUCAGUGCUGUAAGAAGAUGCGGCUGCCUUCCAAACCAUACUCCAGUCUGCCUAUCUACUCCAUUGGCUCCACCAACACUCUCCCCCGAGACAGAGUCGGCGCCAUGGCCGCUGUGGGGCAGGGACUCUUCGUGGCCCCAGAGCCGGGGCAGUCAGCAGCAGCGGCAUCCCCAGCUUCAACAGGAGCAGCCAAAGGAGCGUCUAAAGCAGCAGGAAAAGCAAGAGGAGCUGCUAAACCCGAUAAAUCCUCCGAGGGCUCGCAGCGCCACAGCAUUCACAAGACCAUGGCCAGGCUUUCCAAGCACAGCUCUCUGAAGUCUCAUGAAGAGCUGGAGCUUCCGUCGGAGCUGACGGAGGACUGGGCCACCAUGGAGGUGUGCGUGGACUGCAAGAAGUUCAUCUCUGACAUAAUCUCCUCCAGCAAGCACAGCCUGUCUCUGGCCACCAAGAGGGCUCGACUAAAGCGCAAGACGCAGUCCUUCUACAUGUCGUCCCCUAAAGGCAGGGAGGAGUACCGGCCCUCUGAGCGAACAAUCAAGGAAAUCUGAAGCUGCAAAAACUGCUGACGGCGCAUCUCUGACGGCCCGCUUUGGUCCAGACCGCAGAGCACAGCAGCCUCAAACAGCAGCGGGCUGCAGGGGCAGAUGCAUGAACACUGCCUGAUGCACAGACUGCUCUGUGAUGGGUUCAAGUUCUGCAUCUAUCAGUGUGCACACACAUCAGUUUGAACUGGAUAAGGAAGAAAAAAAACCAGAGUUUUGAACACUAUCUUUGAUUUCAUUUAUUUUUUUACUGUGUACUUUUAUGGGUGCAGAAUUUAGCCACACUUGCCAAUCAUUUGUUUAUUUAUAAUUUUAUUUACUGUUUAUGUUUCAAUUUAAAUGAAUUAAAUGUAACCAACGUUGCUCUGUCCUCCCUUUACACUCCUGGAUGAAAAUGAGAGCACCUCUCAUGUAAACUCCUCAGCAUCCAGACAGAGUUUAUACAGCUAAGCCCAGGUCCUGGCAGGACUUCUCCUUCACAAAUGUCAUUUAUUUGAAAAACUAUCCUGACCUCAGUGGACAUUUGACUGAACUCAGCAUCCAAAGCAGAUGCCAUGGGGACCGACGUCCACAUUUAAAGACCGUGUCACACAGCCACUAAGUACAUUUUGGGCCUAUCGCACAGAUGAAAAUUGGUCAUCCGCGAAUUUAUUUGGAAAAAGUGAGAAACGUUGUGGGCAAUAUGGGAAAAUUUCACAGAUGGAUCAGGAAUGAACCACGUUAAAACCAUUGAAGUAUGAAUAAACCACACAACGCAGAACAUGAACCGUGUGUGAUUAUUGCGCUGUUUAUACGCAAUUUAUUUAUGAUCUGUGCGUCAAUUACAUAAUUUUAACGCAUGUUUGUCGUAUACGUGACAUAAAAGUCAUACGUCGUUGGUACAUGCGUGAAAAGUCCAUCAGACUUAGGUGGAACGGUCGUGGAAAGCCACAAACUUAUGUAUGCAUCUCUUAAAAAUCACGCACACUUGCACAAGAUUUACGUAAUAAUUGCGUAUAAACUACGUGAAUUACGCAUAGACUGUGUGAUUCUCAACUGACCCAAAAUUUUGAACUGCUUAAAACCGAAUUCACAUAAAGACCCGUCGGCUUAAACCCUUGAGUCACAUCUGCACACAUCGAUGAUCGACGAACACAAGAAACACUUAUGUACAUAGAUCAUGCAUGUAUCACGAAAAACCAAAAUUUCAGAUGUGCAAAAUGCUUAAAAUGUAGGCUGUGACUGUGUGACACGGCAUUGAAUAAAGCACAAAACAGAGGAGACCCCAACGCUCACUGACCUUUGUAUGAUGCUGUGCUUGUUUUAUAACUCAUAAUUUAGUUUUUUACAUGCAUGCAGGUUUGGUAAAUGAUGGAUUUCUUGAAAAUUGGAUUUCUGCUGAGGAUGCUCAGACUCUUUGCAGCACCUGUAAGCACAGCUAAAAGCUUAUUUCAGAUAGAUUUCAAGGAGCCUAUUUUUUAACCCCUUAAAUUUAGACCAUGAAUCUAUCAACUUAUUAUGCUAAUCGGUGCCAAAUAACCCCCCCAGUUUCUCCGUUCUGCAGAAGUGUUGCAGUCAUCUCCCACUCAGUAAAGCUCAUAUUGUAAUUUUAACAAGUAAAAUGUGUAAAAUCCAAAUUCAAAAGUAGAUUUAGGAGGUUUCCCUUUAAAUUUGGUACGUUGAUUCACUGCACUUUGACGGCCGGGAUAAACUCCCAGAAGGCAUCAUUUCAUAGGAAGUGUAUCAGACGUGCAGCACAGGCUGAGCUGCUUUUUAGGAACAGAAAAUGUUCCGUCAGUGCUGUAGUCUCAUCAGUAACCAUUGUAAAUCAUAGAGACAAAAGGAUUUUGUGAGUUAACAGGUGGAUGUUGUUUUGCCUUUUCAAAAUGUGAUUUAACUUUAAUCAUGUCUUAACUUUUGCUCACAGAUUUGUGUUGUGGAGUCAUGAAAGUUAUAGCAAGAUGCCUCCGAUGGUAAAACUGUUCAACACUCAAGGAAAAGUCUUUUUCAGAUGCCUUUAAACGUUCUGUUCGUCAUCUGAAGCGUCACUCUCAUCUGCAUUCAUAUUUUUACUGUUAACAUUCUUCAUCUUCCUUUUAAGAUACUUCUGCCUUAAAAGUUGCCUUUUUGGACACGUUUCUGUUGAGCCGGUUCAUGUUUUGUCUCUGAUGCUGGGGGGGGGGGAGCUCUCCCUGCAGGCAGACGGGGACAGACAGAUUCAUGCAUGUACUGCAGCGGAGCUGGUAUUCAGUCUGCCGUGAACCUUUAACGCCCUGCAGAGAGAAGCAAAUGGUGACUACAGAAAUAAACUUUAAUGCAAUAAUUCUUGUGGUUUGUUUUAACUGUUCAAAUUUAAAAUAAAUCUUAGAAGUCCUGAAAAUGUUCUGUUUUUGUCUGAGUUAGCGUGUUUAAGAUCAUCUAAGAGACAUUUGGGUUGGUCUGAUAUACAUUUACAUGUUAAAAAUUGAAAGAUUUAUUUAUUUAGCAACAAACCAAUGUCCGUUUUGUUAGGGAAACCUGGAAGGUCUCUAAAAGGUGUUGAAAAAAAUGUUAGUAUAAGAACAGUUUACUCUGUUUCUUCAUGGCUGGGGUCCCAGUUCAGCGACUGCUGUUUUUUUCUUUUAUGUUUUUUUUUUUUUGUAUAAAUAUUAAUUUACAUUUUUAUGACUUUGUAUAACUCUAUUAUUAUUGUGGCUGGCAGCUGUUACUGCAAGGACAACAUUGUUUUUGUAGAUGGAAAAAAACUAAAAAAGAUACAAAAAGCCCUUAAAUGUCCUCAAAGGAAAGGAAUAAGCCCAAACAGACAUGAACAGAAGCUUUGCUUCCACUGAAAUAGCGAUAAUAAAUUUGCCUAAUGGAAAAACGACAAUUAAAAAAAAAAAAA